UUGUUGCAGUUUAUAUGCAAACCGGUUGAAUAGCCCUCCAUUGAGCAUUACAGUUUUAAAAUUUUAUAAGAUUCUAUUUAUGUGUCAGUAAUACUCUAAUUUUAAUAUCUGCAAGCCUUCUAAAAUCCUAUUUAAGGCUAACCAAGUGUAGACAUUAUUUCAACACUAUUGCUUGUUUCCUAGAACUUUCUCACCUUUUCAGCAAUUUAACUACCUUGACUGAUAAGGAACAUUUGGAAACCUGGUUUUCAAACAAACAAACAAAAAAAAACCUUGUCAACUAUUUUGUAAGAUUUCAAUGCCUUGAAAAAGUUCUGUCUCUGUAUGGAUUUCUUUCAUUAUCAUCAUGUAUUUUGAAUAUAUAUGAUAGAAAUGUUUAUUAAUAGAAUGAAAAACAGUCUGCAUGCCAAGAAAGAGAAUCUCUGCAAAAAAUGAUGUGCUGUUUUAUUCCCUUGCAUCACAGACUUGAACAUGAAGAACACUUCCACUGUUACAAAAUUCAUCUUGAUAGGUUUUUCAAGUUCCCUUGAAAACGAAAUGCUCAUCUUUUGGACUUUCUUUGUCAUUUAUGGAUUGGCUAUGGUAGGAAACUUCCUAAUCAUCCUAGCCAUCAGUGUCUGCAGGAAACUUCACACGCCCAUGUACUUUUUGUUAAUCAAUUUGUCUAUUAUAAAUGUAUGUUCAAUUUCUAUAAUAGUUCCCAAAUUAUUGCAAAUUCUUAUAACCCAGAGAAAAACUAUUGUGUUUCCUGGCUGCAUUGCACAGGUAUUUCUCUUCACUUUGACUUUAGGAACAGAGCUCCUGCUUCUUGCAUUCAUGGCUUUUGAUCGCUAUGCUGCUAUCUGCCAACCUCUGCAGUAUACAGUAAUCAUGAGGAAAGAGGUUUGCUUUGGGACAAUGAUUGGACUUUGGCUGAUAGGUAUAAUAAAUUCCUCAGUUCAGACAGGACUUGUACUACAGCUUUCCUUCUGUGAUUCGAACAUCAUCAAUCAUUUCUUCUGUUAUCUACCACCAAUGUUCAAGAUCUCUUGUUCAGACACAAGCCUGAAUGAAAUCAUGGUUUUUGCAGCUUCCAUUUUCAUUGCCAUAGGCAGCUGUACCCUGACCUUCUUAUCUUAUUGGUUUAUACUGAGGAGCAUCUUCAGAAUCCGUUCCACAGAAGGAAAGAAGAAGGCCUUCUCCACAUGCUCUUCCCAUCUCUUGGUUGUCAGCUUUUACUAUUCCACCAUUAUCUAUACAUUCCUCCGUCCUGCUUCAAUGUACUCUUUAGAGGAAGACAAGGUGAUUGCUAUUAUUUAUUCUGUGGUCACUCCAGUCCUCAAUCCUCUUAUAUACUCUCUGCGAAAUUCUGAUGUUAAGCAAGCUCUCAGAAAAUUAUUUGCCAGAAAAUUCUUCCAGCAAGAUCUGUUUUAAUGAAUUAUUUUCAAGUCUCUUCAUGUGAGUGACAAAAAAUGUGCAGAUAAUUUGGUAACAUGCAUACUCACCAUAUAUAUUCUGAGGAAGGUGAAGGUUUUUGUUUUCUUUUCUCUUUAUUUAUAUUACUUAUUGAUAUUAUUGUGAAGUACAAAAUAAAAAAGUCUACAUUAAAUUGCAAUUAUAUAUUAAAGGAAGCAGACUCAUCCAUUUUAUAUGCUUAAAUAAAUCCAAGAUGUGAAAGGAAUAAAGGGGGAUUUAUGUUGGCACAGUGGUCAGAAUGCAAUAUUGC